UCCCCGUACUUGGUCUGCACGGAUGUUAUUUAUUUGGAACAAAAAUUAAUGAAGCUCAUAUGGCUUGAUGAUGAUGGUCUUCUCAUGGCGGCGACACGAAACGGACCAGGUAUUCUUCUCCGCGUCAAAUCCUGUGUGAUUCCUGCCGAGUUUGGGCCUAAGUUGUGCACACUUCAACUUCCAGUCGGCUCAGCCAUGCGUUGGAUUAAUGCAAGCUGCUUAUGUUCACCAGCCGAAAAUUCGUCGUCAGGACUGGACCCCUUGCUUAUUGUCGGUACCCGUGAUGGCGGCCUGUAUACAUUUCGGAUCAAUUUGAAGGAAUUGCAUGACGCAACCCUCAAACCUGUUUGGAGUCUGGAAGCUUGUCACGGUCGUGGAGGAUGUACGGCAGUUCUGUGCCUUCCACCAUCUAAUGCAUCAGAUAACAUGUCAGCAGAGGUGAUUUCCUGCGGUCGAACCCAGGGCGAGUUGCGCUUUUGGAAAGUUCAUCUAACCAGCGGGUCUCUUGUUCUUCGUUCUCUGCUACCCAGUUCUCCAUCUCUCACGUGGGUGGAACGAUUCUAUGCGGUGGACGAUGGUCGCUUAUUUGUCCUAGGUUUUCAAUCUGUAAGUAUAUUCUCUUUGUUAUUUAAAAAAUUCAAUCAUUAUUGA